GUUAUUGACAGACUACAUCCUCAAACUCCAAAACAGACUCACGGGAAGUCAGGAACACAAGAUUACAACAUGGGACAUCACAAAGCAAAAAUAGAAAGAAAGAAAACUUAGUAUGGGAAUAAAUAACUGCACAUAAAAGAUUGAUGGCUUCUCCGCCUUCUCCGCCUCCUCGUCCCGCUCGGCCGACGUGGGCGCGCUCGUGUCGUCGCGCGCGCCAGCGAACGCGUCGGCCCUAUCAGCGGCGUCGGCGACGCGUACUCGCGGUGGGACGCGGCGGUGGGGUGCUGGGCGCUCGCGGAGAAGUACCGGCCGGGGUCGCCCGACCGGACGGCGCUGCAGGACCCCGAGGCGGACCUCGGCGCGGGUCUCAUCCCACCGGUCGCUGCGGACCCGGCCGCCGCCGACGCCGACGUCGACGUCAAUGACGGCGAGCUCCUUGCCUUUGUCGCGGGCGGCGCCGGCCGAGAGGAUGGCGAGGCCGGUGCUGAGCUGCGCGGUGAUACCGGACGCGGCCAUCUCUAUGUGCGACUGCCUCUGCCGCAGCCGCUCCAUGGCGAAUCCUGCUGACCUGACCAUGACGCCCGCUUGAGCUCAGUUCUCCGUUGCCUCGUCGUCAGUCACACUAGUUCCAACUUCCCUCGCCAAUGACCGUAACCGGCGCCUCAUCCACAGUCCUCGCAUAGAAGGCUAAUCAACGAAACCAUGGUCCAAUAUGUUGAGACUUUUCUCUGGGAUGGAUAAGAUGAGUCGUAUCCAUGGUCAAAAACUCGCUUUGGUAUCAUCGGUAUCUUUCCAGAUCGUGCUAUCACAGAACUCCUGUUCGAAUAGACCAAAAAUGUUGGAUUCUUUAAAUUGUUUGAAUUCUGUUCAAACUGCUUCAAAUUCUGUUCAAGAGAAAUUUGGAUUUCUCUUGGUGUGAUUUUGCCCGAGGCGGCGAGGGGCGAGGGGCGAGCUGGAUUGCCUCUGCCGCAGCCGCUCCAGCUGUUCUACUGAAGGCAGUGAAUGAAUCCCUGAAGAGCGUAAAUCUGUUCCACAGCGGUUUCGGCGACAAAUCGGUUUCGAGCUGGAGCGGCUGCGGCACAGGCAGUCGCACAUGGAGAUGGCCGUGUCCGGCAUCACCGCGCAGCUCAGCACCGGCCUCGCCAUCCUCUCGGUCGGCGCCGCCCAUGACAAAGGCAAGGAGCUCACCGUCAUCGACGUCGACGUCAACGUCGGCGGCGGCCGGGUCCGCAGCAACUGGUGGGAGAAGAGCCGCGCCGCCCGGUCGGGCAACCCCGGCCGGUACUUCUCCGCGAGCGCCCGGCACCCCACCGCCGUGUCCCACCGCGCGUACGCGUCGCUGGCGCCGCUGACAGGGCCGACGCGUUCUCCGGCGCGCGCGAUGACACGAGCGCGCCCACGUCAGCCGAGCGGGACGAGGAAGCGGAGAAGCCGCCGCGCUCGCACGCCGUCUCCGCCGGCGGCCGUCGCUGCACCACCCUCCCGCCUCGCGCCCGCCCAGCCUGCAGAGAAGUGAGAGAGAGAUGAGGAAGGGAGAGAAGAGAGGAAAGAGAGAGGGUGAUGUGAACACCUGACAUGUGGGGCCCACGUGGGUUUCAUGUUGACUCAGCCGCCACGUAAACCAAAACUAGUGUCAAAACCACUGAAAGACCUCGGAUGACCGGUUUUGUAUAGUUAAGACACCCCGCAUAUCUGAUUUUAUGGUUCGAGGAUGUUUUUUAUCCCGACGACAAGUUGUGUACUUUUUCCCAACCAUUUUGGAACCAAUAUUUCUUAACCAAAGCCAGAUCGGUCCAAACCAAAUUUUAUAGACACCAAACCACACCAGCCCAAUUGUGGCGGCAGCCCAUUUCCCCCAUCCAAACUAGCUCUAUUUAAAAAACCAAACCAUUUGGUCCUAAACCAUUAGCAGGCCCCGGCAUUUAUUCUUUUCUUUCCAAGUUGUUAAUGUGUCACUGAUACUAUCAUGCAUAAAGGAGUUCAAGCAUCAAUCAUAUAA